AAACCUCCUGCCCUAGUCUCCUCUCUGUCUCACAGCACAGCCCCUGCUUUCCCCCCACCGUCCCACGGCCGCCACGCCGCCACGCUUCUUCUUCCCUUUCCCGUCCAACCUCCAACCCUGCCGGCUGCCGCGGCGGCGGAUUAACACAAUACCUUGGCGAGAGACGUAAUAGUUUCUGAACUCACCGCGCUACGCCCGAUGUCGGAGACGGCGGCGCCGAUCGGCCUGUCAUGGGCUCCCAAGCUUCCUUCCUUUGCAACGACCAGCGGCGGCAGCAAGAUCGACCACGCGCCGGAUCCGAGCACCGCGCAGGGCUCGCUCUGGAAGCGCACGAGCGAGCUCGUGGACGGGCUGUUCGUGCCCCCGAGGGACCCUAGGCAGCUGAAUAAGCUGGCUAGGAAGAACGUCAAGGACACCGCCGGCAAGGGCUGGUUCGACAUGCCCGCGCCGACCAUCACUCCCGAGUUGAAGAAGGAUCUCGAGAUUUUGCAGCUGAGGCAUGUAAUUGACCCAAAAAGGCACUUCAAGCGGGCAGGAAAGUCCAAGGCCCUUCCCAAGUACUUCCAAGUUGGUACGGUUGUUGAGCCUGCAUCUGAGUUCUACUCAAGUAGGCUGAAAAAUAGGGAACGCAAGGCAACAUUGGUGGACGAGCUGCUAUCAGAUCAAUCUCUUAAGAGCUACAGGAUGCGCAAGGUACGGGAAAUUCAGGAGAUCCGUACACCAGGAGGCAACCAAAAGUGGAAGAACAAGGGCAAGAAAACACUGAAGAGGGCGAAGGAUAGGAGAAAAUGAGACUGGUGCGCCCAGCUUUGUGCUCCAGUUGUGAGGGAACCAAGGAACGCCUUCAAGUCGCUCUAGUGCUUUUCUCUCAACUUUGCAGUAUAGAUUCUGGUUCCAGUGUAGUGUUGUGGACUUCAUGAUGAAUUGAUUUGUAUUUCUAUAAAUUUUAUAAUAUUGCUGUAACAGCGGAAUUCAGAAAUAUGAGUUGGUAGACUCUUUCAAGUUAGCUAGCUUCA